AAGUUUGCCCCACCCCAGAGCUUCAAGCCAGGACAAGAUAGAUUCCUUCUUACAACUACACAGACAGAUGAGUUUAAGCUUGUGACAGACUUACAACGAAGCACUCUGAAUUGCUGCAAAAUAUCUGCAGAUUUUACCUUUGCAGACUUUCAGGUACAAUGAAUUGGGGUUUUCUUCAAGGCCUCCUCAGCGGGGUGAAUAAAUACUCGACGGGGUUCGGUCGGAUAUGGUUGUCCGUCGUCUUCCUCUUCCGAGUGAUGGUUUAUGUGGUCGCAGCAGAAAAAGUCUGGGGUGAUGACCAAAGAGACUUUGAGUGCAACACCAAGCAGCCUGGCUGUGAAAAUGUCUGCUUUGACCACUACUUCCCAGUCUCGCACAUCCGACUGUGGGCUCUCCAGCUGAUAUUUGUCUCCACUCCAUCCCUGUUGGUGGUCAUGCAUGUAGCUUACAGAGAAGAAAGGGAGAGGAAGAACAAGAAGAAGCAUGGUGAGAACUGUCGUAGUCUUUACCCAGACACAGGGAAGAAGAAAGGAGGACUGUGGUGGACUUACAUAAUCAGCCUUGUGUGUAAAGCAGCAAUUGAUAUGGGGUUCCUGUACAUACUUCAUAACAUCUAUGAAAACUUUGACUUGCCUCGUCUUGUUAAAUGUAAACUAGAUCCUUGCCCCAAUACCGUUGAUUGCUUCAUUGCCAGACCCACUGAGAAAAGGAUCUUCACUAUAUUUAUGGUUGUUACAUCAGGCAUCUGUGUUCUCUUAAACAUUUCCGAAUUUCUGUACCUUGUAAGUAAGAGAAUCAUAACUGAUUGCUGUAAGGCAGGAAGACGACGACACACAAACCAUUUCACAAAAACUUCAAUGACCUUACUUGAAAAAUCAUCUGGUGCAACUUUCAUUUCAGGGACUAAACCUUACCCUGCAAACCAACGUCCAAACAUUGCCCUUCACUUGAAUUCAUAAAACAUCCACUAGAAUUCAGGUCCAAAAUUACUUUCAGUUGAAUAUGCAGAGCUAUUUAAACACUGGGAUCAGCAAUAGCGAUGAACAUUGUAUUUUUCUUCAUCCUAUACUUACUAGAGUUUAACAAACCUUGGCCUACCAUCUACUAACAAGCUGUAUAAUGAAGAUCAUAUCAUUUUGCUAUAAACUUGAGUUACUUGCAGUGGAUCUACACAUCUCACCUCCACUCCCUGCCCUCGGUCAAACGAAUGCACUGUGUCACUUUGCACUUUUGAUUAGCAAAUGGCUAUUUGAUAUCUGAUUAAAUUUGAUUGGCCAUAUUUGAGUCAGUAGGCUCAUAUUAAGAGCUUCCAAUAAUGUACAAUGUUGUAGAAAAUGGGCAGAGUAAGAAGGAAAAUUAAGCCAUACUAGAGCUAAUAAGCUUAGGGAAUAACUUACUAAUAAAGACCAUUUAGAUGAACAUUAUAACUGAAGCAAAAAAUAAUUGCCAAACAAUGAGCAUGUCAAACAAGAGUUAUUCCCCAUUAUUGCUAAGUGGUGUUAUCAUUAAGUGGUGUCGCUCAUCAUCAAUAUUCUGGGAGUUACCACUGACAAGGAAUUCAACUUUACGAACCACAUAAAUCCCAUGAUGACUGGAACAGGGCAAGGGCUGGUUAUUCUGUGCUCAAAGCCUUUUUAUCCACUACAAGGCAUAGGUCAGGUGCCUUAUGGAAUAAUCUCCAGUAGCCUGAAUGAAUGCAGCCACAGCAAGAGUCAAUAUCAACCAAGGCAAAGCAACCUGUUUAAGUGGCUGCUCAUUCAUCUUAUUAAAUACCUACCAUUUCUGCUCUGGCUCACCGUGGCUACAGUGGUCAUUACUAUCAAUUGUAGUAAAAAUUGUGGUAAAUCACACAUUCAUGCUUCUGUUUUUGAUUUAGGGGAUGCAAUGAUAAAAUUAUAACUGAUGGUAGAUUUAUUGAAGUGGAGAUUCUGAAUUAGAGAGUGAUCAGUUUGACUGACCUCACAACAUACUCUGAAAAUGCUGAAACCAACACCUGUACACAGUAAUUUACAGAAUAUCACUCAGCAAACUUUUCACGAUAUGACUUUCAUGCAGGCUCUUUCAUAGACAUUUCCACUCGUACACAUGGAUAGACAAUCAAUUCCUUUCUAUCACCAUCAAUUCUUCCUCCAGUUCUAAAGCUUUGUGAAGCAGCCUCUCAGGAGAUAGGUGCAUUGUUCUUUCAGGUUGAAUACAACCAUUUCUGGGUUUCUUGAAGCAUGCAAAAUUGCUUCCAGCUGCUAUUGUCAACUGUCACGACAAGCAACUGGUAGAGGUGCUCUUUACACAUAGUUAGCAAUCAUUUUUUUGCUAAGGCAGUAUGCAUUUGGCAAUAAUGUCAGUGCUAUCCCUAGCAAUAACCCACCCUAUUAUAAGAUUCUUGAGUGUGCCCCAGCCACCAUUUUCCAUGAGGAUCAGCGAACCUACCACUAACAAGGGAGAAACAAGCAGCUAUAGUCCUUAUGAAGGGUCUCAAACUGAAACAUCGACCAUCCCUCUGCUUCCACAUACGUUUCCUGGCCCACUGAGUUCCUCCUGCACUUUGAUUUUGCGAACAAGGGAGGUUUACUUGAACUCAGUGCAACACUAUGAGGUAUAUUACGACAUAAACCCAUAGAACAAUGCUAAGGGCAGGCAAUAUAAUAGAAAUGUUUCAGAAAUUUAAAGGUAGAAGCAAACUGUUUGCAUCAUAUUUGGGGUCAAGAGCACUUAGCCAUAGGGCCAAGAUUAAAGAAUGGGCUGAAUGCUCUCCUUCAGUAACACAAUGUUUAAAUGAUUCAAUGUUAGCUAAAUUUAAAAUGUAAGAUUAGAUUAAGUCAGAUGUGGGAACAAAAGUGGUUGCAAGAUAUGGAAAAGCCAUUGGAAAUAUUCGUUUUGACCUGUACAAGUUUUUCACUGUACCUCGGUACAAGUGACAAUAAUAAACCAAUAAAACCUU